UGGGAAUAUUAAAAUACGGAAUUUCACUCUGCAAGGAUAGGCAUUUGUGGCAUGGGUGGCCUGGGUAAGACCACCCUAGCUCAAACUGUCUUCAAUCAAUCUCGUCAUCAAUACCAUAGUCAUUUUUUUUCCCAAAUGUUCGAGAACAAUACCAAAGUCAUGGAUCACAUAAUUUGAAAGUUCAAUUUUUUCGUGAAUUAUCAAACGAAAAAGACUUGCAAUAUGGAGGUUUGGAUUCCUUGAAGAAAAGUCUGGGCCACAAAAAGUCGCUCAUAGUUCUUGAUGAUGUCGAUGAUUUGGACCAAUAUAAUUGUUUACUUGAAGAUAGUCAUUCCUGGCUAAACUCUAAAAGUAGACUUAUUAUAACAAGCAGAAAUCAACAAGUGCUUCGGAAUAUUAUUGGCAAUGAUAAAGGGAUGAUAUACAACUUGAAGGGACUAAAAAAGAAGAUAGCUCUUGAACUCUUUUGUUUGCAUGCCUUCAAAAGAAAAUCUCCAGAAGAAAGUGAGAAAGAGCUUUCAUUGAAAUUUGUGAAUUAUGCUCAAGGCCUUCCACUAGCCCUUAAAGUUUUGGGUUCUCAUUUAUUUUCAAAAAGCAAAGAUGUAUGGCAAAGUUUGCUAAACAAGAUAACAAAAGUAGAUGCUGAUGAAAAAGUUACAAGUACAUUAAAAAUAAGUUUCGAUGGGCUAUCUUCUAAACAACAGAGUAUAUUUCUUGAUAUAGCGUGUUUCUUUCGAGGUAAAGAAAAAUAUUUGGUGAGAGACAUAUUGGAUGAUUGUGGUGAUUUUAACAUUGCCAUUGAAGUUCUUAUCGACAGGUGUCUGGUAACUGUUUCUGAUGAAGGCACACUUGAAAUGCAUGAUUUGUUGGCAGAGAUGGGUCGGUCAAUCGCUCGUGGAUCAAAUAAUAAGUUCUUGGAAAAUUGUAGUACUAGAUUAUGCAUGGGAAAAGAUGUUUGUCGUUUCUUCAGUAGUAACAAAGCUUCUUCCACAAUUGAAGCUAUAUCUUAUGAUCAUCAUGAUGGUGAUGUGAUAAACUUAGACCCUUCAUUCUUUAAAAAAUUGCCAAGUCUAAGAUUACUGAAUAUAUCAAGCUUUAUUGGAUUUCGAUCGCCUUAUGCUCUUCGUGACCCUUUUCCUGGUGAGCUUAGAUUCUUGGAAUGGAAUGGUUACCCUUUGGAAUCGUUAGGGUCAAAUUUCACACCACAGAAUCUUGUUUAUCUUAAAAUGGAGGAAAGCGAACUUAAGGAACUGUGGAAAGAAAAUCAAGAUGUUAGCAAUUUGAAAUAUGUCAUUCUUUCUGAAUCAAAGAAGCUUACUUGUCUCCCAAAUCUCUCUCAAGGGAAUCUUCACAUGCUUCGUCUAGAUGGUUGUACAAGUUUAGUCACCCUUCCCCCGUUAAGAUUUCAUGACAUUUUAGAUGAUCCAGAUAAAGAAUUUGAAGUGAUGCAUAUAUAUAAUUCUUUGACGGUUAAAUAUAGGAAAAUUUACAUUUGGAGCCUUUAUUUUGAUCUAAUUUCCUUUUUUGCCGUGAUCUAUUAUAUUGGGUAAGUUUACCGUUUUUUAUUACCGUUUUAUAUUUAAUUAGCAUUUAUUGAGCCACGCGUUUCCCAAGUGACGUCAGACCAUGUGUUGUCACUUCUUAUCCAUCAUCCCACGUCUUGCAUCUCACGCGCGUCAGGGGUAUCACGUUUUUUGAUAUUCAUGAUAAUUGCUCCCUAUUUUGUAGACUUGUAAGUAUACUGUCUAGUUAGAGGGAGGGAGCGGUUUAUAGGGUUUUUUAGUGGGUUUCUUUUUUUUCAACUUCAGAAAUUUCUAGUGUGGGUAUUUUUCAGAGAGAGUUUUGAAAUUCAAAAUUUCUCUCUAUUUAGUGUGGCAGUUUCAUAGAGGGUUAUUCAUUUAAAACUUUCUCAAAAAAAUCUGAUUGUAAAUGGUUAAUACUCGUUCUUCCCUUUCUCCAUCUGGUUCAUCGAAGCUUCUUCUUGACAAGUUAAAAAUGAAGAAAACGAUUUCUGAAGAUGACAAUGAAGAUCUUUCUGGUGGUUCUGAGGGCUCUGGUGAUGUUUCUGUUAAGGAAGUGAAGAAGAAGCAAUAUAACCGUGGAAACAAGAAGGUUACUGACGAUCG